GAGCUGAGAGCGCGCACUGGGGUGUCGGGGACGCGCGGGGAUGAGAGAGAGAAGAGUCAGUGAGUGACAAGAGAGACACAAUGAGUGACCCCCCGGCCACUGCCGGACCCCCCUGUCGUCUGACUCAUUACUUUGUUCUCUGCGGGACCGACACGGACACCGGCCUCCAACCGGACCUACUGGCGGUUUUGUACCAAUGGCUCGAGGCCAAUCGGCAUGGCAAGGGCCACGAUGCAGGGGAAAACUUUGAGCAGAGCCCACUGCGCAGGACCUUCAAGUCUAAAGUUCUGGCCCACUAUCCGCAGAACGUCGAGUGGAAUCCCUUCGAUCAAGAUGCCGUUAACAUGCUGUGCAUGCCCAAGGGAUUAUCAUUCCGGACACAAGCCGACAACAGGGACCCGGAGUUCCAUUCCUUCAUCAUCACCAGAGAGGACGGUUCCCGCACCUACGGCUUCGUACUGACGUUUUUCGAGGAGGUGACGAGCAAGCAGAUGUGCGCAGCAAUGCAGACGCUGUAUGACAUGCACAAUGCGGAGCAGUCUGGUAGCGUCUGCGCCUCGUCGUCGUGCAGUAUGGACUCUCUGGCGAGCAGCGCGGAGGACGACACGUCAUUGGCCAAGAUCCCGCGCUACAACUCGUAUGACAUCAGCAAGGACACGCUGUAUGUAUCCAAGUGCAUCUGUCUGAUCACUCCGCUGCCAUUCAUGCGAUCCUACAAGAAGUUCCUGACGCAACUGUACAAGGCUGUCAACUCCCCGCAGCCCCCACCGCUGCCUCUGGAGAGCUACAUCCAUAACCUACUGUACGAGGUGCCUCUGCCUCCCCCGGGGAGGUCUCUCAAAUUCUACGGGGUCUACGACCCUAUUGUGUGCCAGAGGCCGGGGCCCAACGAACUGCCACUCUUAGACUACCCACUGAGCGAGACCUUUGAGUUCUUGGGACUGGAAAAUCUGGUGCAACUUUUUACCUGCGUCCUGCUGGAAAUGCAGAUCCUGCUCUAUUCCCAAGACUAUCAGCGUCUUAUGACUGUGGCUGAGGGAAUCACCUCCCUCCUGUUCCCAUUUCAAUGGCAGCACGUCUACGUCCCCAUCCUACCCGCCUCCCUCCUACAUUUCCUCGAUGCCCCUGUUCCCUACUUAAUGGGUCUUCAGUCCAAAGAAGGGACCGACCGCUCCAAACUUGAACUUCCUCAAGAGGCCAACCUGUGCUUUGUCGAUAUCGAUAACCACUUUAUCGAGCUGCCCGAGGAGUUCCCCCAGUUUCCAAACAAAUUGGAAUUCAUUCAGGAGAUCUCAGAGGUCCUGCGGCACUACGGGAUCCCCCCCGAGGGCAAUUUGCACUGCAGUGAGAGCGCCACCAAGCUGAAGAGCCUGGUCCUGGACGACUGGGCCAACGACAAGAAGAACGGCAACCUGUCGGCCAAUAACAUCAACAUGUACGAGCUGCUGAAAGGCAACGAGACCAUCGCCCGGCUGCAGGCCCUGACGAAAAGGACGGGGAUCUCCAUGGAUAAAAUCAACCUGACGGCCCCCACGAUGGACCCAGAGGAGGAGCAGAAGGUGCAGUGCGCUGAGAUGGAGCUUCAGGACUAUAAGCUCAACGUGCAGCUCCGGGAAGUCUUCGCCAAUCGCUUCACCCAGAUGUUCUCCGACUACGAGGCCUUCGUGAUCCAGUCGGCCCAUGACAUGGAGUCGUGGCUGAACAACAGGGAGCAAAUGCAGAACUUCGACAAGGCUUCCUUUUUGUCGGACCAGCCCGAGCCCUACCUGCCCUUCCUCUCCCGUUUCAUCGAGACGCAGAUGUUCGCCACGUUCAUAGACAAUAAAAUCAUGUCCCUGUGGGACGAGAAGGAGCCGCUGCUGCGGGUGUUUGAUUCCAGGAUUCAGAAGAUGCGGCUGUACAACGGCCGGGGCCCUGCGUUAAGGACCUCGAAUUAUCAGAAAUGCAACACCCUGAAGGAGGCAGCCCAGGCCAUUGAGCAGCGACUCACCAAGAUCGAUCACACGGCCGUCCAUCCCCACCUGCUGGACAUGAAGAUUGGGCAGGGCAAAUACCAGCAGGGAUUCUUCCCCAAACUGCAGUCCGACGUCCUUAUGAGCGGACCGACCAAUAACAACCGAUGGGUCAGUCGUAGUGCAACAACUCAGCGGAGGAAAGACAAACUGCGACAGCACUCGGAGCACCUGGGCCUAGACAAUGACUUGAGGGAAAAAUACAUGCAGGAAGCCAGGACUUUGGGCAAAACUGUCAGGCAGCCGAAAUUAUCCGAUCUCUCCCCGGCAGUUAUUGCUCAGACUAACUCCAAGUUUGUUGAAGGAUUAUUAAAAGAAUGUCGCAUGAAGACAAAGCGGAUGUUGGUGGAGAAAAUGGGCCAUGAAGCGGUGGAGUUGGGCCACGGAGAGGCAAAUAUCACUGGGCUAGAGGAGAAUACUCUGAUUGCCAGCCUAUGUGACCUGUUAGAGAGAAUCUGGAGCCACGGCCUUCUCGUUAAACAGGGCAAGUCUGCGUUGUGGUCACAUCUGGUGCAGUUCCAGGAGAGGGAGGAGCGGCUGGAGCGGGCUGCGGCGUCACCAACGGCCCCUGGGCCAGACAGAAGGAAGUCAGACGCGGGUGUCAGUUUGCCGUCUCUGCGGGUGUCGCUGAUUCAGGACAUGAGGCAUAUCCAGAAUCUGAGUGAGAUCAAGACGGACGUGGGUCGAGCUCGCGGGUUGAUACGAUUGUCCCUGGAGAAGAAGCUCCUGUCUCAGCACCUCAAGCAGCUUCUGACCAAUAAGUCUCUCACCAGGAAGCUGUACAAGCGUUACGCGUUUCUCCGCUGCGAGGAAGAGAAGGAGCAGUUUUUCUACCAUCUCCUGUCUCUCAAUGCGGUGGAUUAUUUCUGCUUUACCAGCGUCUUCACCACUAUAAUGGUUCCGUACCGAGCCGUGAUCUUCCCUAUAAAGAAACUGAGCAACUCCAUCACCACGUCCAACCCCUGGAUUUGUGUGUCGGGGGAGUUGGGGGACACGGGAGUGAUGCAGAUUCCCAAAAAUCUCCUGGAGAUGACCUUUGAGAGGCAGAAUUUGGGCAAAAUGACUACAGUUCAGCUGGGACACGACAACUCCGGCCUUUUGGCCAAGUGGCUUGUUGACUGCGUCAUGGUCCGGAAUGAGAUCACGGGACACACAUACAAGUUCCCAUGUGGCCGCUGGUUGGGGAAAGGUGUAGAUGAUGGAAGCCUUGAAAGAGUUUUGAUUGGUGAGCUGAUAAUCCCCAUGUCAGAUGAUGAUCUUGGGAAACAAAGCCGCACCCCUCCCCAACAGAAAUCGCCCACCAUGGGGCGCAGGUUGAGCAUAACCGCCCUUAAUGGAAAAAAUAUCAAGCCAAAUGCCGAUCAGAUCCAGGAAGGAAUUGGAGAAGCUUUGAACAACAUAAUAAAACACUUUUACAAACCUGAGAAAGAGAGGGGCAGCCUGACCGUCCUGCUGUGCGGAGAGAGUGGCCUGGUGGUGGCGCUGGAGCAGCUCUUUCACCAUGGAUUUAAAUCCGCUCGGAUAUUCCAGAAAAGCGUCUUCAUCUGGGACUUCAUAGAGAAGGCCGUGGCUUACUUUGAAACGACUGACCAAAUAGGGGACGAGGAAGAGGACCAUUUGAUUUCGGGGUCGUCCUGCAAGACCUUCUGCCACUACGUCAACACGAUCAUCGCUGCCCCCCGCAACAUUGGCAAAGAUGGAAAAUUCCAGCUCUUGUUCUGUCUGGGGGCGAGGGAUCACUUGCUGGCCCUCUGGAUCCCCCUGCUAGCUGAGUGUCCGGCAAUCACCCAGAUGUACGAGGAAAACGCCCUCCUCCGAGACCCCAUGACUGUCAACUCGCUGGUGCGGGUGCUGCAGACAUUACAGGAUUUCAAUAUCGUGCUGGAGGGCUCGCUUAUUAAAGGCGUCGACGUUUAACCUUUAUUUGCGGUAGCCCCAAAUCCACCUCUCCCCCGAACUUCUCCGUUUCUCAAGGCACCCCUUGACGCUUAGAACUUUGGAUUUGUUCCGGAAAAAAAAGACGCGGUUGGAGGAGGUGGGGCCACGCAGAACUCCGUAUUGUUGCUCUGGGUGCAACUCUGCAGUGUCAUAUAGUAUAUUUGAAUCAGAUAUUUAGUACAAAUAGAGUAUUUUUUUCCUGUGGUAUGUGUAAAUACGGCUGUAGUUUUUUUUAGAAGAAAAACAAAAAUAAUAUUAUAAUGACCAGGUGGAAUUCCACCUCCUAGCGGUUAUUACAACUGCCUGCAGGAAACUGCCAGUUGGAACGUAGAGGACGCAUAAUGCAGCCCUAUGUGCUUUCCCUUUAAAUCUCAGUUUUGUGCACUUCCCCUCAUUGACUGUGGUGGGUCCCACAACAGUGAUAGAAAUACCUCAAAAUCCUGGGAUCGUUCUCCCUAAUUUAUGUCGUAAGAAACCGCUGCGAGUAUUAAGCUGGAGUCUUGUAUAUUAAUAUUUAUAUAUUG